AUGACUGAAAUGAAAAUGGAAUGGAAAUGGGGAAAUUAUGAUUCUAUCAUUGAGGAAUCUUCAUCUGGAUCCAGCCUUUUUCCAAAAGCUUUGAUGUUUGUAAUGGAUCAUCCUAACACAACACAGUCCCUGCCGGCUGUUGAAAACUCUGGCUCUGUUGCUUCCCUGUCUGAGAAGAAUGAAGGUAGUGGCAAUGAAUACUUUUAUAUCCUGAUUGUCAUGACCUUCUAUGGAAUCUUUUUAAUGGGAAUCAUGCUAGGCUAUAUGAACUCCAAGAGGAAAGAAAAGAAAUCUAACUUGCUGCUGCUUUAUAAAGAUGAGCAGAGGAAAUGGGGACAAGCUGUAAAGCCUCUGCCAACAAUCUCAGGACUGAGGUCUGUCCAGUUUCCCAUGAUGAUCAGUAUGCUGCAAGACAGCAUGGUACCAGCUUUUUCCUGUGCCUUGUGUUCCGUGGAGGGAAACAGUGAAUCUUCCUUGCCAGAUGUUCACCUCACUAUUGAAGAAGAAAUGCCUGUUGAUGAAUCAGGAGAAUCGACUGAAACAGCCCUCCUCAAGGACAGUAGUGAAGGCUCUUCAGAAAGCAUCCAUCAACAUUCAUAGCAUUUCCAGUCUCUGAAGACUCAACAUCUUUUGAAAAAUUAUAAUCAGUUUUGCUUCUGGCAUUGAUCCAUCCAUCAUUAUGAUGGGUCAUUAUAUUGUUGGAAGAUAGAAAGAAAACUAAUAAGCCCAAAUAUAAUGUAUAACAGAAUGGUUUUAUUACUAAAGGCAGAGAAAGAUUUUUUUUUUUUAUCUCUGAGGGAAAUAUUCUGGCCUUCCUUCAGCUUAUUUCUGAAUGUACAAAUGUGAAAGUAGUGGUGAUAUAUGCAACUGUUUUAUGAAUAACCAGUGAUUUGAUAACUAAUGUCAAUGAUACAUUCCUAGUCUCAAAAUGAUUAAACAGCAAUAAUAUAGCAAAAAUCAAUUUUUGCUCACUCAGUGACUAAGCAGCUGCCCACUUGAAUGAAUUCCUAACUUUCAGAUAUGUAUAAUAGUUUAGAAGAAGUAAGCAUACAGAUAUCUGGGCAGCAACUGGGAAGGGGGUAUGAUAAUGAAAUGGCAUGAAGCAGCAGAAGUUGUGACUUCUUAGUAUAUAACAGCAAACAACAAUUAUCUCUAUUUUAAAAUUUUUGUUACUUGUUUAUCCCAAAUAGAAUGGCUGUGGAAGUAAAUCCUACAUUAAUGUAAAUUUUUAGAUCAGUAAGCAUUGCACAAAACUGAUAGUUUAGUUCUGUUAAUCAGCUCAACAUCCUGUUCAUUCUGAAUGAGUCAUUAAUCACAAAAAGACCAGGAGUUAUAAUGCCCAAUUAAGAUAUAACUGCACCAAAAGCAGGCCUGGUGUGGCCACUUGGAUGUUCUUGGUCUGUAGCUGUCAUAAUUGCAGCUCUUCAUUAAUUCAUAAUAAGUAUAAAAU